GGGUUUUCGUUUCAAAAACAACAUGUCGUCAUAAUGUCUGCGUUAACAUGUCCGCGGGGCUGUUUGGUUUAAACCCGGUGGAGAGGUUCAGUGACGGAGGUGAAACUGCGUCACUGUUUUGCGACGGUUCUUUUCAAAACAAGGAAACAACAGGGCGGCGGAGUCCAGAGGGAAACUUCGGGGUGUUGCGGGGUAGAAGUUGUCAUCGGUACUUCAUACGAGUCUAACCGGCUUUACCGGCGGGUUGAACGAGGGCUUGUUGCGGGGAGAGGAGCCACCGGAGACCCGGGGAAGGGAGACCCAGAGCCGAGGGAUGAGGCGACGGAUCGGCGUGACAGGCUGAUGUUCCGGGAUGUGGAGUGACGGAGGUUCGGCUCCAUGACAGCUGAGGGAGCUGCCCGAGGACACAAGCCUCAGAUAUGGAUUACAAGGUCGUGUUCGCAGCCUUGGAGACGGUGUGUGAAGACAACUUCUCUGCCUUGUGUGGAUCCUCUGAUUCACCGCACGGCACUGCCGCCAGCCGCCUGGUCACGUGUUUGAGAGAGGUUCAGGAACAUGGCCGUGCGCUGGAGCCUGUGGUCGCCAGCCUCACCGCCGUUUACCACCACUACGACUUUGACGAAGUGACACCUGGGAACGGCUACCGCACCCUGGUCAAAGUCUUGCAAGCCUGUCUUCUGCACAUCAUAAACAAGGGCCGUUACAUUGCCGACAACUGCAAUGGCGCCUUCUUCAGGGCCGAGCACAACGCCUCUGAGAUGGAGGCGUACUGCAGCGCUCUGUGCCAGCUGCGGGCCCUGCUCCACCUCGCCAAGCAGCUGAUCAACGACAACGAAUGUGGCCAGCUGUACUCGCAGCAGGACGGGGAGCUGACCCGCAGGUUUGUGCAGGAGUACAGCUCCAUGCACAAGGCGUGUUUCUACGGACGCUGUCUUGGAUUUCAGUUCUCUCCAGCUCUUCGUCCAGUACUCCAGACUGUUGUCAUAAGCAUGAUAUCAUACGGAGAGAGGUACGGUAGACAGCAGUCACGGUUCGGUAUGGCGGCCCUUUCUCUCCUCACAUCAGGGAAGUACGUCAUUGAUCCAGAGACGCGGGGCACCGAGUUUGAACGCAUCACCCAGAACCUGGAUGUACAUUUCUGGAAGUCUUUCUGGAACCUCACAGAGUCCGGCCUUAUAUCAGGUUUAACCAGAAUAACUUCUAACCCAGUGCAGGUGAACCUCACCCUGACUGUGCCUCCUCUCCUUCUCCGCCUUCCUCUGGCCUCAGACCCAAGUCUAUCUGCUGCUGUGUCGCCUCCAAUCGCUCACUCGGGCCCUGGGCCGGUACAUGUGCGUCUGAUCUCCCAUGAGCUUCGAGAAGGACAGGACAGUGAAGAGCUGCUGGCUUUUUCCGACACUCCCACCACCGCCUCUCAUCGACCCUGGGUACAGAGGCAGCCUCUCUCCCCCUGGCUGCUCAUCCACUUCCACGGAGGAGGUUUCGUAGCCCAGACCUCGAAAUCUCAUGAGCAUUAUCUUCGGAACUGGACGAGGGAGCUGAAAGUGCCCAUCCUAUCUGUCGACUACUCUUUGUCACCUGAAGCGCCUUUUCCCAGAGCCCUGGAGGAGUGUUUCUACGCCUACUGCUGGGCACUGAAAAACUGUCACCUCCUGGGCUCCACAGCGGAGCGGGUUUGUCUGGCGGGGGACAGCGCUGGAGGAAACCUCUGCAUCACUGUGUCCAUGAAGGCCAUGACCUGCGGCAUCCGAGUCCCUGACGGCAUGAUGACCGCCUACCCCGCCACCCUGCUCACCACAGACGCCUCGCCCUCUCGCCUGCUCACACUCAUCGACCCACUGUUGCCUUUAGGGGUUCUUGCAAAGUGCCUCAAUGCCUAUGCAGGUAUAGACUGUCACACAGAGCUGCCUGCAGUGGAAAGCAACAGUCUGACAACUCUGGGCAGAGACACAGCCGUGCUGCUCGGGGAUCUCACUAAGGGAGCCUCCAACUGGAUCCACUCAUUUCUGGACCCCGUGCUGAUCUCAAGUGGAGCCCGCUCCCAGUCGUCACUACAGAGGAGGGCCGAGAGCAGUGAAACACGCAGGGUAUCAACUCCCACCUCCAAACAAACCUCUGGGGAUCACCCGGAUUACCCACAAGGCUUUGAGCCCCUGCGCGCCGAGUGCCUGGCUGUACUUCUCCCGACCUCCUCACCUAUUUUUAGGAACCCGUUUGUGUCACCUUUACUGGCUCCGGAAAACCUGCUGAGAGGUCUGCCUCCGGUAUACAUCGUGGCCUCUGCUCUGGACGCCUUGCUGGACGACUCUGUGAUGUUUGCUAAGAAACUGCGAGACAUGGGUCAGCCUGUGAGUCUGACGGUGGUGGAGGACCUACCUCACGGCUUCCUCAGCCUCUCACAGCUCGCCAAGGAGACGGAGGUCGCUUCAGAAAUCUGCAUUGCGCGAAUAAGGCAGAUUUUUGAGCAAUAAAAACCCAACACCUGCUCUCCGUAGCCUGUCAAAGGGGGAAGAGGCGUAACAGAGAACCAGGCCAUGACUUGUUAAUCUGUCAUUCCAGCUGUUUUUGGAUGAAGAAGAGAACUGACGUAUUGUUAUAGAAUAAGUUUAAGGAAACAAAUCAGGGAGAAGAAUUUAAGAUGCACCUAAAACUGUAGAACUGGAGGAAGCUUAUAGGGAAACUAGACUUGAAACUUCCACUGCACAACAUUUUCUGAGACAAAGAUGUUCAGUAGAGCCACUGAAACCUUAACUUUCUACGACUAUGCUCGACUAUUAUAUCACUAUAUUAUCUGAAAUCAUGACAGAAAAAAGUAUUUUUCUAUUAAGAUUUCCAUGUUGAAGAGGCAGAUUAAACGCACAUUUAAAAUAUUGCAAGCUGACUAAGACAAAAACGAUCACUAUAACCAGCACUGGUAUUGAUACGUAACAGUUACAGGAGCUAUUGAUCUUGAAUUUAAACCAUUGCUCUAUUUGCAUUGGACCACGAUUAAAUGCUCACCUUUAUUAUUGUAUGAUUUAGUUAUAGUUUUACCCGGUUUUACCAGUUUGUCACAUGUUUACAGCGUUUUGAUGAGGAGGCCUCCACCUUGUUUUUACCGGCAGUAUGUGGAUGUGACAUGUUUUACUGUAAAUUAAUUCUUUAAAGCUCUUAUUAUAAGUAUUUAACACAGUUUAUUUAAAACCUGUAUUGAAUCAGAACUCCAAUGAUGACUGGCGUUCAAAUAUUGUUUGUGUAUUCGAAGGUUUUGGACUUGCUAUGUUAAGUCAUGUGUGUUUGUGUGUGUGUAGCAGGGUGCAGCGGUGGGUUGAAGUGUGAAGUUAAUGUUCCUCGUUAGGAGGUAAUCUGUCACAGACUUGAGACAAAGCUGGAUGCUCACCAGGGCAGAUUGAGAUUUUAGCGACAGAAAAUGAAUUAGAAAGUUGCUUUGAAUGAUACAGAUGAAAAAACUGAAUAUGAAUGUUAAUUUGAAGGUGACAAAAUGUGACAAUAAUACACUUACUCAUCAUUCCCUUUCCUUAUUUAGUUUUACUUUAAGUGACCUUUUUGUUUUUGGCCGGUAGCCUCCUUUUACUGGUAUACACGUAAAAUAUAUAAUAUUUAUGUGGAUUUAAUCAAAAAAGAGUUUUUCACGGACUAAAUGGCUUUACUCAAUAUAUGAGGGUGAUGACAUGUUCUAUAUCUAUAGAACUCAUGUAUGUUGUAAUGUUUACUUUAUCUAAAGGAAAACAUUGUAAUAAAAUAAAAAAUAAAGAAUAGUUUGAAAGUA